GCGCAGUAACGGCACGCGACGCGAGAGAUGCGGGAUGGAUCGGUUCAGGCGAGCGUGACUGCUGGACCGGUGAUGUCAUCCCAAACAAACCAAGUGAAAUGAAGUCCACUUCAAAAUGAACAUAGAGCAAACUGGUGACUAGACCAGGAGAGACCUACGCGGUAUUAUACAGAAAGCUAAAGUUGGUUCGUGCGACCAGAAGAAAGCAAAGCAGCUGAGCAAGGCUUGACACACUCCUUCAGCUCGUGCAAAUAUCUCAGUAGCAGCAGCAUCGGAUUCUGAAUACCAUUGGCAUGAUGGCGGCGCUGACACGAGGAGAGAUGUGUGUCAAAUAUCUCAUGUUCGCCUUUAACUUCAUAUUCUGGUUGACAGGUUCAGCUGUGUUUGCUGUUGGACUGUGGCUGAGGUUUGAUGAGAGAACCAUAAACUUUUUUGAUGAAAAAGGCUUCCCACCACUUUUCUUCAUAGGUGUGUAUACUCUGAUUGCUGCAGGAGCCCUGAUGAUGGUGGUGGGCUUCCUGGGCUGCUGUGGAUCUAUUCAAGAAUCACCCUGCAUGCUGGGAAUGUACUUCUUCUUCCUGCUCCUCAUCUUCGCGGUGGUGGUGGCAGCCGUGAUCUGGGGCUUCUCCAAUCUCAGCGUGGUGGGGGAACAAGUCACUCAGUACUACAGGGCAACCAUCGAAAAGUACAAGGAGACUCGCGCCGAUGGUUUGAAGGAGACUCUCUCUUUGGCACACUAUGCGUUCAACUGCUGUGGCACAGGACCUGAUUUUGAGUUUACCGCCGAAACGUGUCCUAAGAGGGAAGGCCUGGAUGAGUUCAUUGUCAAGAGUUGUCCUGAUGCCAUCGAUGAGUUCUUCAACUCCAAGCUCAUCCUGAUUGGUGGCGUGGGCAUUGGAAUCGCAGCCCUGCUGGUGUUCGGAAUGCUCUUCACCAUGACCCUGUGUUGUGCCAUCAGAAAAUCCCGGGAGAUUGUGUGAGAUGAGAUGAGAUGAGAUGGGGGUUGUCACUCAGCACAGAGCCACCCGACCUUACAGUAGUGUUUGUGUUGCAUGAUGUCUGUCCUGAAGCACUCAAAGAUGACCUCAUCAUGUGGGAGGUGGGAGCCAAUCAAAUCACAGCAUGCAGGAGCCACACAGCAGGCCUGUUUGAUAUGGUGUUGUUAAUACUGUAGUGCACAUCUUGAACUUUUUCAGGUAUUAAAAAAGAAAGAAAACAAAACACCCACCUGAAAAAAUCUGGUUCACUUGUGCCCUCCUGCCCUUACCUGUGCCCUCCUGCUCUGCUUAGCCUGAUUGGCUGGAAUGAUCAUAGACCCAGUCGGCACCUCUGGCCCGCCCAUGAAACUGCACGUUUUCCCCUCCGAAUGCUCCACCCCAAGUCAAUUCAAGUCAAUUGGUGGUGUUGGGAUAAGAAUAAACGAAAGAUAAUAACCUGUAGACUAGCGUUGUUCACGCGCAACAUGCUGAAAACAUGUUAUGUUGCCGGCUGUUCAAAUAAUAUAGCCAAACAGCCGUGGCUGAAGCAUGGACUGUGUUCAUUUAGGCUAUCCCAUGUAGCAUGUAAGUU